UAAAGUCAGGAUGCAAAACAAGGUCGACGACCGGCAAGGUCAGUGGUCGAAGUCACGCCACACAAAACCCUCCGGCAUUUCUAACCCAGCAGUAUCUCAGCCACGGGACAGGAGAGGACAUGGCGGGACUCCUUGGCACCGUCGCGCUCCUCCUCCUCCUGUUGACCACCACCGCGGCGACCUCGCCGGCCGACGCCCUUCUGGCAUGGAAGGUUAGCCUAGGCGACCCAACCGCCUUGUCCAGCUGGAGCAAGGCAAGGCCUGUCUGCUCCUCCUGGCUCGGCGUGGACUGCAACGCCGCCGGCCUGGUCACGUCGCUCAGCCUUGGGUCGCUCGGGCUCAUCGGAACGCUCGACGCACUCGACGCCGCCGCGGCGCUUCCAGCCCUGGCCGUGCUCGACCUCAGCGACAACAUGCUCACAGGCUCCAUCCCGGCGAGUCUCUCGCGGCUGCGCUCCCUCGCGACGCUCCACCUCGGCGACAACGGAUUCAACGGCUCCAUCCCGCCGCAGCUCGGCCACCUCUCCGGCCUCGUGGCCCUCUUCCUCUACAACAACCACCUUGUGGGCUCUAUCCCCGCAGAGCUGAGCGGGCUGGUGAGUCUGGAACACUUGGAUUUAUCGGAGAACAAUCUAUCAGGACCGAUCCCUAGCUCCUUGGGCAUCCUCAAGCAGCUCACGUGGCUGGGACUCCGGUUCAACAACCUCACCGGCACCAUCCCACGGGAGAUCGCCGGCAUGAUGGCUUUGAAGGGCUUGGCCGUCCGCGACAACAACCUCGAAGGCGAGCUUCCCGCUACCAUCACAUCGCUCAGGAAUCUCCAAUACCUCGCCCUGUCUGACAACAACUUCACCGGCACCAUACCGCCGGACCUCGGCAAGGGGCUAAACUUAACCGUCGUGAGCUUGGGGCACAACAGCUUCUCCGGCGAGCUGCCGCAGAGUCUAUGUGACGGUCUCAAGCUGCAAAACUUCACGGUACACCGCAACAACUUCAGCGGCAGGCUGCCAUCGUGCCUCAAGAAUUGCACGGCGCUGCUGCGGGUGCUGCUGGAAGGCAACCAAUUCACCGGCGACAUCCCCGAGGUGUUUGGUGUCCAUCCCAACUUGGAAUACCUCGAUGUCUCGGGGAAUCAGCUGACAGGCAACUUAUCAUCGCCUGAUUGGUCACAGUGCACCAAUCUUACACGCUUACACAUGAACGACAAUCGAAUAUCUGGCAACAUUCAUGAAACCUUCUGCAGAUUGACCUCUCUCCAGGAUCUGGACCUAUCAAAUAACCAUCUCACCGGGGAGCUCCCAAAUUGCUGGUGGGAAUUCAAACUUAUGGUUGCUAUGGAUUUGUCCAAGAAUAGAUUUUCAGGUGAGCUUCCUAUAUCAACGAGCCUAGGCCUCAAACUCCAGUCCCUUCGUCUUGCUAACAAUAACUUUCUUGGAGUUUUUCCAUCCGUAAUUGAAACCUGCAAAUCACUCGUCAUCCUAGAUCUUGGGAACAACAUGUUCUUGGGUGAUAUCCCCUCUUGGGUUGGAACGAGUGUUCCUCUUCUAACAGUUCUGAGCCUCCCAUCCAACAACUUCAGUGGUGUCGUUCCACCCGAGUUAUCCCAACUUUCUAAUCUGCAAGUCAUGGACCUGUCCAACAACUCCUUCUCAGGUGAGAUCCGCAUGGACAUGCCAAACCACAAUUGCUCCCUUGAGUCGUUUCAUAUUGCAGGCAAUGGCUUCAUGGGCGCCUUCCCGCCGUUCCUCCAAGGCUGCAACUCCCUGGCCACCCUGGACAUCGGGAACAACCAGUUCUUUGGUGGUAUCCCUAAAUGGAUUGGGAGUCAGCUUCCAUCACUGAAAAUCCUUAGACUUAGAUCAAACAAUUUCACCGGAGAAAUCCCCACGGACUUAUCAAGUCUUUCGCAACUUCAGCUGCUCGAUAUGGCCAACAAUAGCUUGACAGGAUCAAUUCCGGUAGCCUUCAGCAACUUGAACUCCAUGAGGCAUGAUCUUCCCCCAUCGGUCCAACCAAGUCGGAUUUUCCAUUUUGAUAGAGUCAACAUAUACUGGAAGGGCCGUGAACAAACGUUUUGGAACAGCGUCCAGUUAAUAACAGGCAUCGAUCUAUCAUGCAAUCGACUUACGGAGAACAUCCCGGACGAGCUAACAUACCUCAAAGGUCUCCGGUUUCUCAACUUAUCCAGAAAUGACCUGUCAGGCAUCAUUCCAGAAAGAAUCGGCGGUUUGGAGCUCUUGGAGUUCCUUGACCUCUCAUGCAAUGAACUUUCAGGUGGCAUUCCUCCCAGCAUUUCCAAUCUGCCAUCCCUCAGCAUGUUAAAUCUCUCAAACAAUCACCUACAGGGCCAUAUCCCCAACGGGAAUCAGUUACAGACACUUGCAGAUCCAUCAAUAUAUGGCAACAAUCUGGGGCUCUGUGGCUUCCCGUUGAGCGCGUGUGAGCCUACGUUGGGCCAGGGAGCUGGAGACCACAAAGAACUCAGGGACCUGGGGCUGUGUUACUCUGUAAUUAUUGGCAUCGUUUUCGGCUUCUGGCUUUGGUUUGGAGCUCUGUUCUUCCUGGAGCAGUGGCGUUUAUGUUUUCUCCGUUGUGUUGACGGCUUAGGGAUUAAGAUAGUUGUCAGGAGCUAAGGCCUCCACAUGUAAAUCAGCAGCAAACGACAUUAGCGUGAAUUAUGUACUGUAUGCUCCUUUUAUUCUUACAGUUGUAACACUAAACUGAACUAUAUACAGCAGUAAAAUAAUUGGGGAUGCUUGGGUGUGAAUAUCACGCCGCGCCCUGGA